AUGGCAUCUGGAAAGGCAGACAUCGCGUUGGCAGAGAGGUCGCUGGAUCCUCCGCCGCUUGGGGAUGACAAGCAUCCCGGUAUGGUUGUCGACCUGGUCCACGCUAGUGAAGCUGAAUAUACACCGGACCAGUACCGCCGGCUGGUGCGCAAGGUGGACUGGAUCAUCCUCCCGUUGAUGUGGAUUAUCUCUGGCACGCAAUACGCUGACAAGGCAUCAAUCUCGACCCAGGCCACAUUUGGCCUCGGGCAAGACACCCAUCUGGUGGGUCAACAGUACUCCUGGCUGACCUCGAUCUUCUACUUGGCUUUCCUGGUCAGCGAGGCCCCCGGUAAUUAUAUAUUGCAGCGUGUCAGUGUUGGCCCUACCGUGGCCGUGUCUAUGUUCCUGUGGGGCAUCAUCGUGUUGUGCAUCGCCUUCGCCACCAACUUUGCGGGUCUAGCAGUGUUGCGAUUCCUUGAAGGUGUCACUGAAUGCACCACCUACCCAGCCCUUCUGCUGAUCACAGCCACAUGGUAUACCAAGGAAGAACAUGCAAUGCGCUCGGUCAUCUGGGGCAGCGCUAACGCUGGGAUGGACGUAUUGACUAGCUUGGUUAACUAUGGUAUUGGCCGCCGCGCUGAGACACACUCAAAUGGAAUGGCUCCCUGGAAGGGCAUCUCCUUCUUUCUAGGGGCGUUGACCAUUGUACUUAGCGGCAUCGCCUAUCUUGUCCUAGGUACACCACGCGAGGUACGCUGGCUGUCCCCUGAGGAAAAACGCAUGGCUGCGGCGCGAGUGGUGGCCAGUCAAACUGGCUCGGAUGCCCAAAAGCGCACUCUGGAUUGGAAGCAGGUGGCCAUCGCCUUCCGCGACCCUCAGACCUACUUCUUCUUCUUUCUCGUCAUUGUGAAUUCCGUUCCCAAUGGUGGCACAACGGCUUUUGGAAACCUCGUCUAUGUCUCCUUUGGCUUUACGGCCCUGGAGACCAUUGUGAAGGGUAAAAUUCCACAACAGCUGCUAUCGAUCGCGUGGUUUUUGAUCGCUGGUUAUAUAACAUUGAGAAAACGGAAUUCCCGCUGUGCGUUGUCCCUGUCAUCCUUAACUGGCCAAGGCACUAACCCAGAGGUGGCAGUCUAUAUUAUGAUCAUUUCGGUGAUCCCUGCCUUCUGCGGUAUGCUCGCCCUGGCCCUGCUCCCUCACUCCUCGAGCCUGCUGUGGGCGCGCUGGGGCGUGUACUUCAUGACCAGUGUGGGCAAUCUGGCCGGUCCUUUGAUAUGGACUCUCUUGCCAUCCAACGUGGCAGGGCGGACAAAGAAGUCGGUUACAGGCACUGUGCUAUUCAUUGCCUACUGUGUAGGAAACUGCGUCGGCGCCCAGGUCUUCCGAGCUAAGGAUGCGCCACGAUACAUUCCCGCGAUCGUAGUAUGCUCUAUUAUGUACGGCCUGGAGAUACUUUUGAUGAUCGCGUGGCGCACCUACUAUGUUUGGCAGAAUAAACGUCGCGCUUCUCUGAUUGCCGCCAUGGCCAUGACUGUCCAGGAGUCAGCGCAUCAGGGCCGCCUAAAUGCAGAGUCAGACAUGACAGACUACGAGAACAUUCACUUUGUUUACAGUCUGUAG